AUGGCCUUCGGGGUCAGUGAUGCAUUCCCAAAUGCGAUGUUCCUACACGCUCGUUGUGCGGCGGACAUUGAGGAAACGCAUUUGAAAGACAGGAACGCUGUCAUACUUGUAGAUUCAGUCAUUAAUACCGGAAAGUCUGUCUUGCAAAUGGCGCAGCAUAUCCGUGAGAUCAAUACAGCCAUCCAGAUUGCGGUAGUCGCUGGUGUGGUUCAGAAGGAGGCUGUAUCUGUUCGCAGUCCGCUUCACGCUUUCGCGCGCGAGAGGAAUUUCAACCUUGUUGCCCUUCGCCUCUCGGCCAACAAAUACUCAGGCAGGGGCUCGACGGAUACUGGAAACAGACUCUUCAGCACAGUACACUUGGCGUGA